UUUGGGCCUUGGGGGGAGUUGGCGAUCGAAUCGUUAAAGAUCUUUUUUUUGUUUUGUUUUGUUUGUGCUUUUUGAUUCUACGGAUGUUGCUUUAGAUGCACAAGCGUAAAGUUGAUCUGUUCUUAUGGUUGGUGGAAUCGCAUUAAGAUCUUCUCUUUUUGGAUCCUGUCUUCCAAAGCUUUCCAAGAGGAGGAAGCAAAAACCAUGAUAUCGGCGGGUUACUUUCCAAUUGCUUUUCCUAUUUCUUACACAAUUGCUGCUUUUGGAUCUUCCUGCUUGCGUAGGUUGGAGGCUUCUUUCAGUCGGCUCUCCGAUUCUUCAUUAAUUUCAGCCCUCGGAUCAUCCGCCGCAACAGAACAAUUUGUUUUGUGGCUCUGGAACCAGACAAAGAUUAAGGAGGCCUCUCAGCCAACACUGUUGUUCUUUAAAUCACUCUGGAAGUCACUGGGAUACCAUUCCCUCGCACCUUGCAAAAGGUGUGGGCUCGGGAGGAUGCACUUUUCCCUGUCUCUAUUCCAAUUUUCACUCUGCUGCUUGUCUGGCUACUCUGUCGUAUAAUUGAAGGGUCUCCAAUUGAUAAUGGCUAACCCGUGAAUCAGUUCCGUAGAAAUAGAUCAUCUCCUAAUCUUCCUUUUACUUUAGUAGAGUUUGAUAGGUGUUCUUGAGAAUCAUAGGGAAACAAUAGUUGCCAAGUGCUCUGGUAUCUUUUGUGUUUACGGCUAGAAAAUGGCAUUGAUCGGUUGCUUUUCCUCACUUUGGGUUGGAAAGAAGAAGUCCAAGAGACUGCGGAAUGAAAUCUAUUCGAAGGAGGAGAAUAUAAUGGAAGCUUUGCCUAUUAAGUCAGAAGCUCUCGCCUAUGCGGCUAUCCAGAAAGCAAGUCAUAAUGCAUCUUUCAAAUACUCUGAACCAAUACAAACCAAUGCAAGCAUAAGAGGUUCCACCGAACUUAAACUAGUAGGGGGUGAAAAGAAUGAUGAGAACUUUAUCCAAAUAGAUGUGGCAGCUGAAGCAGCUUAUGAGGGAGGUGAUGAACAUGACGAGAUCAUGUCAUUCAAAAGGGAUCUAUCUGACCUUGAUUUGCAGGCCCUGGCAGAAAAAGAUGAAACCAGUUCCUAUGGUUUGAACCAAAAAAUGACCAAUGGACCUGAUGACAAAUCUGAGAAAGAUGAGGGCAUAACACCUGAAUUAGUGAUCCAGAGUGGGCAUGUGAGUGAUCCUGGGAUGGGCCGCACGACUGCGUUUUGGGGCUCUCCUAUGUUGAAACGCUCAUGCUCUAAUAUUGAGACAAAGAGAUCUAGUAAAUUGCUUAUGUCCCCAAGCAAGUCCCAUUCAUAUGACGACCUCAAAAACUUAGCUGGAGAUUUCCCUGGAGAACCACCCAAAUUGAUCCCAGGUAGCCCUGCAUCGGUAAUGACUUCUUGCAGUGCUGAUAAAGUAAUGCUAAAGAAGAGAUCUUCAAGCCAGGUUCUUCCUUCGCGAAGUAGGAAACUUUGGUGGAAGCUUUUCUUAUGGAGCCACAGAAAUCUUCAUCGGAGCUGGUCAAUGAAACCUCAUCGGUAUGCUUCCAUCAAUUAUACAUCCAACCAGAAGGAUGGUUACUGCUCUGAUACAGUAGAACCCAAUCGUGGUACUGAUUGGAAGAACAAGAAGAUUAUGGAAGAGUCUGAGGCUAAAUUUAGUAAUGAUAUAUGGCCUCCAAACCAGUGGGUUGCUUUUUCCACAGAAUCUUCCUCUUUAGAUAGAGUGGAUGCUUGGGUGCAUAGUCUUGAUGACAGCCCAUUAUGCCCAAUUGACGAUGGUGACAAUGGAGAUGAAAUUGCACUUGAGUCUGCUACACCCCCAAGUUUUCUAGAGAUUGGGGAAUCAUCCAGUAAAAACAUCCAUCGAACUGGUCGGCGUGCAAUGGAUGAGGUAUUGCAGGCCAACAACAUUAUACAAUCCCUUCCUCCAUUUUCUUCAGUUGCUCACAUUGCCAGCAUGGGCUUAAAGGUGGUACCUGCAAUUUCAGCUUUCAGUAGCCUCCGGUCAGUCAAUCUAUCUGGCAACUUCAUAGUUCACAUUUCGCCAGGAUCUCUACCCAAGAGUCUUCACAUGCUUGACUUGUCAAGGAACAAGAUUACAACAAUUGAAGGACUUAGGGAACUGACAAGGCUUCGAGUUCUUAAUCUCAGCUACAACAGAAUUUCACGAAUUGGUCAUGGGCUGUCGAAUUGCACCGUGAUCAAGGAGCUGUAUCUUGCUGGAAACAAGAUAAGCGGCGUGGAGGGACUUCACCGGCUUCUGAAACUCACAGUUCUGGACCUUAGCUUUAACAAGAUAACAACCGCAAAGGCUUUGGGCCAGCUUGUCGCCAACUACCAUUCUCUAGUGGCCCUCAACCUGCUCGGUAACCCAAUUCAAAGCAACAUCGGAGAUGACCAGAUUCGCAAGGCGGUCUGUGGCCUCCUUCCGCAUCUCGCUUAUCUGAACAAGCAGCCAAUCAAACCACUGAGGGCUAGGGAGGCAGCCACAGAUAGCAUUGCAAGGGCAGCACUAGGAAAUAACAAUUGGGGUUCCCGUCGGAGGUCAGCUAGGCGAGUAGGCCAUGGUUCAAGCCCUUUGAUCAAGGGCGUCGGCGAGGGGAGGAGCUUCAGAGGCAUUGCAAACCCACCAAGGAGUAACAGAAAUAGAUCAAAGAGCAGAGACCAGUACUCCACAUCUGCUCGGAAAUAAGAUCACAAAAAGCUUCACAUUCUCGUAGUUAUGCUGUUUGGAAUAAACUGGAGAAGAUUGAACAAGUUGGAUCUGAAUCGAUAAAACAUGGUAAAACAUGUUUGCUUUAGCUUUAUCUAAAUCUGUGGUUCUAGCGAAUAAUGGAAGACGAUCUGUUUGAUGUUCAUGUUAAUUUGCAUGCUGAAGAUUUCGAUGUCAUCUAUUGUGCUCCUUUAGAUCACACUACAGACUCAGAUUACUAGUUUGUAGCUGUUUCUUUGUGAGUUUUCAACUUAAACAGAAGUCAUGUGGAUGUUUCAUCUGCUCA